CGAAAACAAAUCAGUCGGAAAAACACAGAUAAACUAUUUAUAAAUUGUAAAGUAUAAGAUAUCACUUUUAAAUUGUGUUUGGUUUAUCGGUGAGUAAACAUAAGAAGUAAGGUUGUGUGGCACUAAAACGUUACUUACUGGAACAGAUGAGAAAAAGGAACUCAAUUUUAGCUAAUAUUAGUAGUUCCGAUAGUUGUGGUGAAUUUGUGAAGAGUUUACCGUUUUUACAAACGUGUAUUUUAUCAUAGUGAUGGGGCAGACAUUAUCAGAGCCUGUGACAGAGAAGCAGUCAUCGACAUGUCAGGACAGCCGGUACCUCGUCGGUUCGUCCUGCAUGCAAGGAUGGCGUGUGUCUAUGGAUGAUUGUCACACACAUAUACUGUCAUUACCAGAUGAUCCUGGCACUGCCUUUUUUGCUGUAUAUGAUGGACAUGGAGGAGCAAACAUAGCAGAAUAUGCUGGAAAACACCUACACAAGUUUAUAACUGCCCGUCCAGAAUAUCAUCUUGGUAACAUUGAAGAGGCAUUAAAACAGGGUUUUCUUGAUAUGGACCAGGUUAUGUUUGAAGAGUACGUAUUGCAACAGAAGGUAGCUGGUAGCACAGCCGUUGUGGUAUUGAUAAAGGAGAAUGUUUUAUACUGUGCUAAUGUUGGUGACUCCAGAGCCAUAGCCAGUGUCAGGGGAGCUGUGGAAAUCCUAUCAUAUGACCACAAACCUAACAAUGAAGAAGAACUCCGCAGGAUCAAUGCAGGCGGUGGUUGGGUUCAGUUAAACAGAGUGAAUGGCAACCUUGCUUUAUCUCGGGCACUAGGGGACUAUGUAUUCAAGAGGAAUUACAGGCUUUCGCCUCAGGAGCAAAUUGUUACAGCUUAUCCAGAUGUUCAAGUGAGGCAGAUCAACGAAGAUUGGGAAUUCAUCGUCAUCGCGUGUGAUGGCAUUUGGGAAGUUCUGUCAAAUGAGGAGGUAAUAUCGUUCUGCCGCGUCCGUCUUCUAAGCGGUUGGGAGCCGGCCGGGGUCUGCGAGGCUCUCAUGCAGCGCUGCCUCGCGCCCAACUGCGCGACCGGCGGGCUCGGAUGCGACAAUAUGACCGUGCUGCUUAUCUGUUUCGCGCCUUUUCCGAGGCCCCAGCCCCCGGAUUCUGCUUUACCAGAAGAAGAAAAUCUGGACUCCAAAUUUAUGACUAAAAUGGAAGAUCUUCUAUAUGUGGAAGAUGAAGAGGAAGACCUCAAAUGAAGUCAUACAUUUAUUGUACUCGUGUAAAUUAUUGUACAUAGAGGGAUAAUGUAAAGUCUACGCAGGUAUACGCAUUUAGUGCAAUCUUUGUCGGUGUUAAUGAUUUGUGUCAUUACCUGUGUUUAGAUAGGGACAAUUGCAUUUUUUUUUAUUUUGGCGUAUGUAUAAAUAGUAUUUUUAUUUGAGUGCCUAACUUGGUAAUAAAAAUAUUGAAGUUUUUCUAUUAACUCUUUCUGAUAUAAAACUUAUACUGAAGAAAUCUAAAAAUUGGCU